AUGCCGUCGAACAUCCAGGUCUUCGUGAACUGGAGAGACCAGACGAUAUUCGCAGGGGAGAAUGUGGAAUGCACUAUUACCUUUAAAAACAUCGCCGAUACUGCAUCUGAAGCCGGCAAUGGAGCUGAAUUUGGUCAACACCAGCGCAAGGCGUCUCGGGUCGCGAACCACACCAGCACUCCUUCAGAAUCUUUCUUCUCGAUGAAAUCACCCCAGAGCCUCUUCUCAGGACGGCGAUCAACAGGGGAUAUGAUGGCUCAUAAACCUGCACUUCCUCGGACUCACAGUGGUUACUCAAAAGCGAGAUCUCACGUGCCUGGUCCUACGCUCGCAGAAUCCCCAAACGAGUCAGCCCCCGGCAAUCUGACAGUCGAUACCUCCCGCCUAGGACGAUCUAGUCGCCAAAGUUCUCUGGCAACCAGCCCGGUUGACCCGACUGAGCAAUUGCGCACUUCUUCUCGGAGGCGUCAGCCACCCUCUUUCGAUUUCAGGUUUCCAGCUGCCUCUCCAACAACCGAGCCAAACCACCACCCACGUCUCUCUCCUUCGCCCAAAUCGACCGACAGGAUCACCCCGAACAAGACAUCAGCGAGGGAUGCUUCAACCUUGGGUGCACCUUCGCAUCAACAACUGACGCGAAUAAUAUCAGCUACAAGCGUCAACGGAAGUACCCGGAGCAGCGGCGAGUUUUACUCGGUCAGCGACCAUUCCAGUGAGACAUUAGCUUCCGAGUACACAACCUAUUCAGCUCAAGGUGCACGAGCGCCCCCUCCACCCGCUGCUCGACAUGCACGGCAUUAUUCGAGCGUGGCAGCCCCCUCUGUCAGAUCCAACGAUGGCCAGGCGCUGCUGAUGGGAUAUGCGCAAAUUAGCGCAUCAUUCACAGUCGACGGAUCUCUCGUCAAUCAGUCGGUCUUCGACGAAGUUAAAAGGAAAGGAGUCGUCGGUGGGCAACCAGGUACCGGCGGGCUCCCAGGACGGCCAAGCUCUGCCAGCAAUGAUCGAGCCCGCAAAGGUGGCGGCUUUUGGGGCUCGUUCAAAUGGAACGCUAUCGAGGAGUCAAUCAAUGGUCUCCUCUCUAACAAUGAGCUUGAUGGUUUACGAGAGAUGCGUGGAGUUGCUUCGUCACGAUCAAUUCCAUUGCUAUCCACUCCACAGUCGCUUCUCUUCGUCGACCUACGGCUGUCGCCCGGGGAAGAACAAUCGUACUCAUUCUCCUUCUCUCUGCCCAGGGGGCUUCCGGCGAGCCACAAGGGCAAAGCUAUCAAGAUUUCUUACAAUUUGGUCAUUGGCACUCAGCGGCCCAGCGGCCCCAACGAAUCUCAACGUGUCAACCGCAUCAACAUCCCAUUCCGUGUGUUCAGCGGUGUUAAUGACAAAGGAGACGUUCUCGGCCAUGAUCUGAUGUCGCCAUACGUGAUUCUCCGCGAUGAAGCCAAGGUACAAAAAGUUGGAGCCAAUGCUCCUGUCACUCAAAAACCACAGAGUAUCAGCACCCAAUGGAACACGGCUGGGGAUUUCUUGUCAUAUGUGGAUGAGAUCCUAGAGCAGCGCGCGCGAUCUAAUUCUCUGUUUCCCCCUGGUGCACUUCUCUCGAGGAAACCAAGUUUCGAAGAAAUUCCCCAUGCAAUGACUUGUAAGGACAUCAUCGACUUUGCAAUCCUCCGCAGCAACCAAGCUGUGAACUCGCGGCGCAGUCCCAACCGUUUUGAGAUCGCUCGCGAUGGGCAACGCAUUGCCGUGGUUGUUUUGAAUCGCCCUGUUCACCGACUUGGAGAGACGAUCAUGGCUACGGUGGACUUUGAAAAUGCCUCAAUCCCAUGCUAUGCUGUCCGAGCGUCACUGGAAACAUCGGAGAAGGUGACACCCACCCUCGCGGUCCGAUCAAAUGCAAGCAUUCACCGAACGACACGGCGCAUCCAUGCGUCUCUUUUCGAGAAUACCCUAUACGCCACAAGAGUGGUCUUCAGCCCUGCAAUCCCUAUCACCGCAACUCCCACCAUUCUCACAAGCGGCGUCACCCUAGACUGGGACCUGCGGUUCGAGUUCGUCACACCAACCAUGCACAAUGAACAAGGUCCCAGUCCAUCCGGGACACAGCUCCUGGAAACACUGUCUUCUGAUGAUCGCGGCAAAGUGAUGUCCGCGAUGGAACAUUUGGGCUGCGAGUCUUUCGAGAUCUCUAUUCCACUCACAGUCUACGGUGAAACCGUGCGAGAGCAGCUGCCGGAAGAGAACGAAGGGUACGCUAUCUAA